AUGGCUAAGAAUCGCAAGAACAAGCGAGUAAAUCAGGGAGUAGGUGAAAGGCCCACAGACCCUCCUACUCCUACACCAUCACCUUCUCCGGAGUGGAACUCUUCUAAGGGUGCCAGCUCGGGAGAAGCAUACCGGGAGGAUUCCCUUUCUCCCGUAAUUCAUCAAUCUCAUCAUAGGCCGAUUCCCCCUCGGUCUAACAACAAAAUCCAGUCCGAUCAUAGGACUCAAUCAGUGCCUCAAAGCAGACCUUUGAGCAUCCACUCUCACUCUCAUACUCAACCGAGGACCCCUUUAACGGGACCUAGCUCGGAGGAGGUAGCGAGGGCAUUGGCGGUGCUCAUGGAAGCGGUGAAGGCCCAAAAUAUGCCACCUCCACGUGACCGAACUCCUCCGCAAACCAGGCAUCAGCGGAGGAAGCUCGGCCAGGAGGGGGAGAAACCUUCCUCCUUCAGGGAGUUGGCAGAGUGGGAAAAGGACACUUGGAGGACUGAGAAAGAGAGGAAAAAGAACCCCCACUUCUUCUUCAAGGAAUCCUCUACCUCUCGGCCAGAGACUCACAACAGCAGCAGCUCUGCCUCUCGGCCAGACACUGUCCGCUGA